AUGUCCCGCCAAACGAUGGUCGCCGAUGGCGGUGAGACCAUUGGAAACACUCCACUGGUGCUUCUCCGUAAUAUUCCGAAAGGAACCGAUGCUAGAAUUGCCGUCAAAAUCGAGUACCUCAACCCGUCAUGCUCUGUGAAGGAUCGAAUCGCCAAGUCGAUGGUGGAAGAGGCUGAAAAGGCGGGAAGAAUUGUGCCGGGAAGGACGGUUCUCGUUGAGGGAACUAGUGGAAAUUUGGGAAUCGCGUUGGCUCAUAUUGGCAAGAUUCGAGGAUACAAAGUGAUUCUCGUGAUGCCCGAAACGAUGAGUGUCGAGCGUCGUGCAAUGCUGCGCGCCUACGGUGCCGAAGUGAUUCUCUCGGAUCCCAUGGAAGGCCAUCCAGGAGUUAUCAAGAAAGUCGAGAUGCUCUGCGAGAAGCUUCCCAACGCAAUUUGCCUCGAUCAAUUCUCCAACCCGGCCAACCCGGCCGCCCACUACCGUACUACCGGGCCGGAAAUCUGGCGUCAAACCGACGGAAAAGUGGAUAUGGUCUGCUUCGGCGUCGGAUCGAGUGGAACGCUCACUGGUGUUGGAAGAUAUCUGAGACAACAGAAUCCGGAUAUCAAAAUUUAUCCGGUAGAGCCUUAUGAGAGUUCGGUUUUGAGUGGGUUCCCCAGAGGAAAGCACAGGAUUCAAGGAAUCGGUGCUGGCAUCAUUCCAGGAAAUGUGGAUCGCUCCCUCUUCACCGAAGUUCUCCGCGUCAAAUCCGACGACGCUAUGACGAUGGCCCGUCGACUCGCCGACGAGGAAGCGAUUCUCGGCGGAAUCUCAUCUGGAGCCAACGUCGUCGCCGCCAUGCAGUUGGCGAGUCGCCCUGAGAACAAGGGAAAAUUGAUUGUGACGACGGUGAACUCGUUCGCUGAAAGAUACUUCACAACGGAGCUCUACUCGAAUGUGUUGAAUGAUGUGUCGAAGCUGAAGUGGUCGAACGAUGAUGAGGCGGUGGCCAUUGCGAAGAAGUACUUGGGUAUUUGA